AUGAACCGGUCCAUCUUCCGUGCGUGGCGCAGCGUCCAACCAGGAUCCAGCCACCCAGUUGCUCCUGGGCGCCGCUAUGCUUCAUCAGCGUCAUUCAACUGGGAGGAUCCGCUUGCCGCCUCAGAAUUGUAUACGGAGGAAGAGUUAGCAAUUCAAGAUACCGCUCGGCAAUAUUGCCAGGAGCGAUUGCUACCGCGUGUUCUAGAUGGUUACAGGAACGAACAGUAUGACCGCAAGAUCAUAAAGGAAAUGGGGGAGCUUGGCCUUCUCGGCGCGAGUAUUGAAGGGUACGGCUGCGCAGGCGCUAGCACAGUCGCGUCUGGAUUGAUAGCCAAGGAGGUCGAGCGUGUAGAUUCAGGAUACCGUUCCGGCAUGUCUGUGCAGAGCUCACUGAUAAUGACUGGGAUUUACGAGUUUGGGACACAGGAGCAAAAGGAUCGAUUUCUGCCAGAGUUGGCGAAUGGAAACCUGGUGGGAUGUUUCGGUCUCACAGAACCAAAUCACGGCUCUGACCCUGGUUCGAUUGAGACCAUCGCUAAGGAGCAUCCGACGAAGAAGGGUCAGUAUUUGCUCUCCGGGGCGAAGACUUGGAUUACCAACUCCCCAAUCUCAGAUGUCAUGUUAGUCUGGGCGAAGCUCGAGAGCACAGGGAAAAUCCGCGGGUUCCUCGUCGAGCGAAGCAAAUGCCCACCAGGCACAUUAGAGACUCCCGCUAUCAAGAACAAGAAUGGCCUUCGAGCGUCAAUUACGGGAAUGAUCCAGAUGGACGAUUGUCCUGUCGCAGCUGAGAACAUGUUCCCAGAUGUCGAGGGGCUUAGGGGCCCAUUCACUUGUCUCAACAGUGCGAGACUCGGAAUCGCCUUCGGAGCAAUGGGUGCAUUGGAAGACUCCCUGAGCCGGGCACGAACUUAUGCGCUCGACCGAAAGCAAUUCAAAGGGAAUCCUCUGGCAAAGUACCAACUAAUACAAAAGAAGUUGGCAGAUGCUGCUACGGAUGCCGCCUAUGGAACUUUGGCAGCCACGCAGGUGGCUCGGCUGAAGGACUCAAAUAAAUUAACACCUGAAAUGAUCUCAAUGGUGAAGAGACAAAACUGCGACCGUGCUCUAACCAACGUUCGCGCACUCCAAGAGAUUUUUGGUGGCAACGCAGCAAGCGACGAGUAUCACAUUGGCCGGCACGUAUCUAAUCUGUUCGUUGUACAAACAUAUGAGGGUCAGAGCGAUAUCCAUGCCUUGAUUCUAGGACGAGCUAUCACAGGUGUUCAGGCAUUUUGCUAAGCAGCGAGG